AUGGGUUUCACCGCGUUCGCACUUGAUGUAGGAGAUACCACCCAGGAGUAUGUAGACCAGACCCUAUCCUCUCUAUUCGACGCGGCCGAAAACACUGGGUUCGGUCUAUAUGUGACCAUGGACAUGUAUGCUACUGGUAACGGUUGUUACUCACGCAACGCCUCCUGCGACUCGCCCUAUGCAUGCUUUGCAACCGACCAAGACGGUUGCAAUGGGCCUCUCGACUACCAGUGGAUUUGGGACAAGUAUAUGGGCAGGUCUGCCUACCAUUCUGUCAAAGGCGAAAAGAUGAUAAGUACGUUCUCAUCGGGCGGGUUCAAGAGCGAUACUUGGGGAUCCUGGAAACAAGGGAUGAAAGACUCCGUGUAUUUCAUUCCAGACUUUGACGAUACUGAAGGAUAUUAUGAAGCUUCCGACGAAUGGUGGGGGAAUUGGGGUCCAGUACUUGAUGGGGUAUCCAGCUGGGAAUCUGCCUGGCCCCAGAUUGUUGGCUCCGACCCUUCCAAGCCUGGCGAUGUUUCCAAGGACGAAAAGGUCCUGUCCUCCGCCACCGGUCGAAACAAGGGAUAUAUGAUCGGUCUCAGCCCUCUUCAGUACAAGAAUGCAUAUGGAACCAAUCUCUAUCGUCUGGGAGACCUCAAUCUUCCAGCUCGUAUGGACCAUAUUCUUGGAAUGAAUCCUCGCCCUGAAUUCGUCCAGUUCAUUACCUUUAACGAUGGCCCUGAAGCACACUACAUCGGAAACCUCUGGCCGGAAGCCGCCACAGAUGACGCAUCUUCUAGAUACGCCAACAUGGACCAAUGGUCACAUGAUGGAUGGAGGCCUCUGUUGAAGUCCUUCAACGAAGCCUUCGCCAGCGGUGCACCCGCGAGCGAGAUGAACACACCCGGCGAUGCAGUUGCGAUCGGCGCAGCCUGGUUUAAGACGAUACUUGUCGACUCUGUGGACUGCACUAACGACACCAAGCCAGACGGGUUUGACCAGGGCAAGAAUGCUCUUCACUGGGCGAUCGUGCUGGAUCCCAAAGCCGGUGCUGGUUAUACUUUGACUGUGGCCGGGGACAAGACACGGAGCGUGCCACUGAACCCUGGUCUCAACUACGGCUCGUCUGAAGGCGGGCUGCAGGCUGGUGCUCAGAUUGUCGAGCUUCAUGACCCAAGUGGUCAGGUCGUGAUGACGGCCACAGGCGGCAUGUGUGUCUCAGAUGGAUGUCCAUCUGGUAUAUACAACAGCAACUAUCAGGUCGUCGAACUGACUGAUGGAAGCAAGCCUGCAAGCUGUCAGGAGUGGUGA